CCACCGACCAUCCCCAUCCCCGCAAAGCAUAGAUCUGGGCACGCACUUAGACCACGCGACGCUUAUUACCCACUUCCAACAAAAUAUGGAGAAUCUCCCUACAUGAUAGUAACCACCACCGGCCCUCCUACAAGGCCAGCAUGGCCACCAAAUCCAAUUUCAAGCGGGCGGUGCCUGCGGGGCGGUCACCGAAUCCCCUCGCAGCUCUCCGCAACACGCAGCUUGUAGAUUCCAAGGCCGUUCUUCCUGCAGAACUCAUCGACACGAUCCUCGAUUACCUGCCCGUGCCGGACAUGCUCAGAUUCGCCCGUACCUCGAAGCGCAUGCGGGAGAUGGUGUACGAUGACACGCGAUGGAUACGGAGACUGAAGAGCAUGGGAUGCUGGAGUGAUGUGGAAGCUCGGCAGAGGUUCGAAGAGGGUAUGAGAAGGAAAUUGGAGGCUCAGCGUGCGCGGGAGGCGGAAGAGGCUCGGAGGACCGGCCUGGGUGUAAAUGGAGGUGUUAAUGGGGCAGCUGGUGAAGCGGACCCGGCGCGAAAGGUUAGCAUCACUCUCUUCGAUGCCGGACAGGAGGAGGAGAUAUUACAAAGCUCUCAGGAGAGGCCUCCGGGACGGCAUAGAGCUUCGACUCUCGAAAAAGGUUUCGAUGAGAUGACACUCUCGUCCGCGAGUACGGCACCAGGACCUCCGAUUGCUCACAUACGGGAUCCCAAUGUCGCUCUCACCGUUCUAUCACGCGUACGGUCUAUUCGAGGAAUGGCACGACAGGAGUAUGGCAAAGUAUAUGGUGCCCUAGCGCCCUACUAUUUUGAUCUGGCGAAGUCGCAGAGCCAUACCGAUCCCAUCUUGUUCCGGACCUAUCGAGACCCAGAUCAACAGGCCCAGAUGCUGGCACAGUUGAAGAUAUUUGCGAAGAGCGACUUCUCAGAAGGCUGGAACUUCCGCGAGGAAAAGCUCAACACGAUGAUUGGGAUUUUCGAAAACGCGGUACUGCACGAGUUUGAGCAGGGACUUCAACAGAAGGACUAUGACGGGCGGGUGAAGAGGUACGCCUACGUGCUCGUCACAUUAAAUGGGGGCUCGGCCGGCAUAGACACCUAUAUACACAAUCAUCCUGUGAUGACAGAGAAGGAGCAGCUCGGCAAUCCAACAGACUGUUUGCGGCAUGCGACACCGGGUCACAUAUCAUUGGCGCCGUCUCAAGAGUUCUUUCGACGUCUGGCCACAACAUUGCAGGAGGAAGCGGCUAUCAUCGACAGAGUGUUCCCCCCGUCGGUUGACGUACUCUCGCCAUUUCUCGACCGAGUCGCCGAAGACAUAAUAUCUGAAUACCUGACUUCGCUGCUUGAUGCCGCACACGAUGCCAGUAUCGAAACAUACUUGAAGGCAGUGGCGGGUCUCUUUGACCAAAGUGUACAGCUGGCAUUGUCCCUGAAACCCACAAAGGGCUCGAAGGGUGACUUCCAGGAGCAGACGAUGCGGAUCAUCGCUCAGUGUUUCGAGCCGCACAUUGACCUCUAUCUGCAGGAAGAGCUGGAAUUCUUCAAGAGCAAGGCGGAAGCUCAAGUGGACACGUGGGAGAAGCGUCUGACGGAGGAGGAGGAAUCUACGGAAACCUACUUCAUGUCGAACAUUAGCAGGCAAGCAGCGAAGCGGGACUUUCUGACCUCUUUCAAGAAGGUCGUCAUGAUGCCUGUCAAUGUACUACCUACCAUUGGGGGUUCCAACGCAACCAAGUCAUCCCAACCAGUGCCUGCGUCAAACGGCGAAGCACUCGAUGUUCCGUCAAGAGCAAGCACGCCCCUUCCCGACGGCAUGGCAUCACCCAGACCUCUUGAAGCACCAACCACCGAGCUAGCUGCCAAAGCCGCCAUUAUGAAUUCUCGCCUGGAGGGCAUACGCUCCCUGUUCAGCAUCGAAGUGGCCCUGGACCUCAUCCAUCAAGCGAAAGCCAGCUUGGAGCGAGCUGCACGGUUUGUCCGGUUAGGAGGGCAGUCCGGGGAGGAGGCACGGGAGCAGUGUGAAAACAUCUUCAUCCUGCUGCUGCAGAUUCUCGGAAACCGACACAUCAAGCCUGGCUUCGACAGAGCCGUCAGCCACUUAUCGGCGUAUAAACCCAGGGAAGUCGCCAAUCAUAACACGCAAGGAGUGGCGCCUCUAGUCGCCUUCCUCGAACUCGUAAACGUCGGAGAUCUGAUUCAACAGAUGGUGGAUGUCUUUUACGUGCAGGAACUUGUCCAACCGCACCUCACUGACCGAGACGAUUUUCUGAGCCCUGCAUGCAAGGAGAAGAAAAGAUUUGAACAAAUGCUUGACGAGCGGGUAGCUGCAGGUCUAAACAAGGGCAUCGACGUGCUCAUGGACGAGGUGGAGUUCAUCUGCGGGACGACGCAGCAACCAACUGACUACAAUCCUGCGCCAGGGGUUGUCGACAUUGGCCCGAGCCAGACGGCGAAGAAGAUUGUAGAGAUGGUUUCGUCGCAUACCAGCAUGCUGGUGGGUAGUACAGACAAGAACGUGCUGGAUGUGUUUAACCAGGAGGUGGGGCUGCGCCUCUUCACUGCUCUGUGCAAACAUCUGAAACGCCAGAGGAUCAGUGUGGAUGGCGCCGUCAUGCUCAUCAGUGAUAUGAACGCAUACAACGCUUAUGUACAGACCCUGCGCAACAAGUCACUGAGCCAGUAUUUCGCAGCCUUGCGCGAGCUUUCGCAGAUCUAUCUGAUUGCUCCGGACCAUGCCAAGGAGAUAGCAACUAUCAUCGCAGACUCUGGUCGCUACCACGGCAUCUUCAGGGCCGAGGAGGUCUACGAGUAUGCGGAGCGUCGAGCCGACUGGUACCAGAUUAGGGGAGCAGUCGAGAAGCAGAUGUACGGUGUUGGCUGCGCAGUGAUGUGAUAUACAUGAAAGGGCUGAUAUGGGGAAAACCUCAUGUCAUCGGGCAAGUUGUUUAGGCUCGCGCCUGUGUAUUGAGAAAUACAGAGCACGUUGAUGCUCAUUGUUUGGGUGUAGUGGGAAUAAUUGUAUAUAUCAAAACUACUGUACUGUGUACUAGUACCUAGGUACACAGCACUAAGCGCCACACAGCCCUGCAUGCAUGCAAGCUGUUUGGCUGGUGCGG